UCACUAACUCACCUGCAGCAGUGCCUUGCCUUUUUCUUGUACAUUUUUCUCGUGCAACAUCGUCAGCUCUCUACAACCCAGUCCCCCACAAACCCCGUGCCACACUCCCUCGGGCGCAUCCCCUGUCAUGGAAGUCGACGCCGUCUCCUUCCCGUAUCACCUGCUCGGCCUGUUCAUCCACAUAUCCGAGGCUGAUUUUGUGUCAUUUGAUCUCGAGCUUUCUGGCAUCCCCUCCCGUCUGCCCAAUAAGCCGCCUCGUACUGGUAGCGGCCGACUAACCCUCGAAGAACGCUAUGCCGAAACAAAGGCCGGCGCAGAUCGCUAUUCAAUCCUCCAGGUAGGUAUCACGUGCGCUAGAUUCGACUACAUCGCAAACCAAUAUGUACUGCGACCCUACAACAUCAAUAUAAGCCCGUUACUGGACGAACGACUCGAUUUUGAGCGAGAGAUCAGCUUUCAAAGUGGAGCAUGUACCUUCCUGCUCAACAAUGGAUUUGACCUGGGCGCGCCAUUCGCAAAGGGUGUACAAUACCUGUCGCGAGAGGAGGCGGAGCGUGCAAAACAGCUGGCUUGGGAUCGACUGGACAAGAAGAACCCCAUCGAGGAUCUGCAGUUGAAGAGCGAAGACGUCGAGUCUCUCGACUUCAUGCGACGUGCUAGGGAGGCCAUCGCCAAGUGGAAGGCCACUGCAUCGUCUUCGCUCGAAAUUACUACGCAUACUGGCCUCAGCGAGAAACCUUCUGUAGCAGUCAUCUCUCGGUUCGAAAAGCGUCUCGUUCACCAGCUUGUGCGCGCAGAGUUUCCCGAAUUCGUCUCCAUUGGCCGGGCAGAUUGUGUGAGAAUUAUCGAGCAUGAUCCGGUACGCGAAGCAGACAAUACUAAGCGUAUCAAAAACCGCGUCAAGGAACAAAUUAACCGCCAAACGGGCUUUCGUUGGGUGUUUGAGGCACUGGUCCAAGGCGAAAUUGCCGAUCCCCUCUUCCUGCCUCGUGGUGUUAUGGGAGACAACCAGGAAGUCAAAGAUCGUUGGGACCGGGCUGUGGAGCGCCUCAAGACUAAGCAGCCGGUACUGGUCGGGCACAACAUGUUCACUGACAUCGUCUACUUCUAUCGCACAUUUGUUGGCCCAUUACCAGAUACCUUAGACGAAUUCUGCGAUGCCACUCACAAGCUCUUUCCUAAUAUCGUCGACACAAAGUACCUGGCCACCUACGCUGAAGGAGACUUAAAUGCAUCACCCACAUUACAAGAAAUUGCCAAAGGACUAAAUGGCCAGAUGUUACCCACUAUCAUCACUCACGCCGAUCACUCCAAAUAUCAAGAAGCCGAGGCCUUCCACGAAGCAGGUUACGACAGUCUCCUCACAGCUACCAUCAUGCUGAAGCUAGCCGCCAAGCUAGGCGCAGAGCGCAAAGAAAAGGAAGCGUCAGCGCAAACAAACGGCUCCUCGAACAAGGAUAACUCCAAAACCACCGGAACAACGCUUGAGAACACACAAGACCUCGUCGGCAACGACUACGCGACGAGCAAGCAGCCAGCCCCAGUACAGCCCAGCCAGAAGCCAGACACAAAAGCAAAAGGUAAGAGAAAACAACGAAACAAAGGCAAGCGCAACAGCAGCAAACCAGCCAACGGACGUUUCAACACGAAAAACGUCUUCGAAACCCUGCGGGAGCUGCGUCUGGGCACAGAAUCCGACUCAUCAUCCGACGACGUUGAAAAGGCUUCCGUGGACAACACCUGGGGCGGAGAGCAGCAUGGCGGAGCAGCAGGGUCGUGGGAAGACGAAGCGUUUGUGCAGGACAAGAGUGGGUGGGUGCCCAUUGAGCAGAUGGAGAGACAGGCUAUGGAGCUUAUUCCUGGGGUUGACUCGGCUUUUUGGCACGAGUUUGGGAAUAAGCUCAGGGUGUUUGGCACGCAGGAGGCGGUGCUGGCGGUGGCGGAUUGGCCGGCGAAACGUGGGUCGUCGAUGGGGGUGUAGGGGCUGUGUGGGGUGGAUGCCGGAGGUAGGUAGCUUGCCGUUGUUCGGACUUGAUUUCUGGAAAUGGGCAUUGGAUGCUGGGAAUAAUCUUUCCUGCUAUCUCAAUGUCUCCACUUGAUGGCUUGUUGAGUUUACUCUAUCCUCCUUCUCAACGUCACACUUCCUCUCCGUCCCAUCUUGUCAUCUUGC